AUGCCAGUGACAAGACUACAUCUCAUCUGGGAAGAUGAAAUCUCCUCCUUGUCUGUAUCAGCCAUCUGGGGUGCUACAUCCAUUGUGUACAGAUGCAAACAGAAGGGGACUCAGAAGCCUUAUGCUCUCAAAGUGUUAAAGAAAACAGUGGACAAAAAAAUCGUAAGAACUGAGAUAGGAGUUCUUCUUCGCCUCUCACAUCCAAACAUUAUAAAACUCAAAGAGAUAUUUGAAACCCCUACGGAAAUCAGUCUGGUCCUGGAACUUGUCACAGGAGGAGAGCUGUUUGACAGGAUUGUGGAAAAGGGAUAUUACAGUGAACGAGAUGCUGCAGAUGCUGUUAAACAAAUCCUGGAGGCCGUUGCUUACCUCCAUGAAAAUGGGAUUGUCCAUCGUGAUCUCAAGCCAGAGAAUCUCCUCUAUGCAACUCCAGCCCCAGAUGCACCACUCAAAAUUGCUGAUUUUGGACUCUCCAAAAUUGUGGACCAUCAAGUGCUCAUGAAGACGGUGUGUGGAACCCCAGGGUAUUGCGCACCUGAAAUUCUUAGAGGCUGCGCCUACGGACCUGAGGUGGACAUGUGGUCUGUAGGGAUAAUCACCUACAUCCUACUUUGUGGAUUUGAACCAUUCUAUGAUGAAAGAGGCGACCAGUUCAUGUUCAGGAGAAUUCUGAAUUGUGAAUAUUACUUUAUCUCCCCCUGGUGGGAUGAAGUAUCUCUAAAUGCCAAGGACUUGGUCAGGAAAUUAAUUGUUUUGGAUCCUAAGAAACGGCUGACUACCUUCCAAGCUCUCCAGCACCCAUGGGUCACAGGCAAAGCAGCCAAUUUUGUACACAUGGAUACUGCUCAAAAGAAGCUCCAAGAAUUCAAUGCCCGACGCAAGCUUAAGGCAGCAGUGAAGGCCGUGGUGGCCUCCUCCCGGCUGGGCAGUGCCAGCAGUAGCCAUGGCAGCAUCCAGGAGAACCAGAAGGCCAGCCGAGAGCCAUCUCCAAUCCACGAUGGCAGUGAAGCUGUUGUUGAAGCUGUUCCAAAAGAGAAAGUUAAAAAAGCUGAAGAAGAAAAUCAAGAUGCUGAUACAAAGGAUGCUGAGGCCAACUUGAUGGUGCCCAAGGCACUAGAGGAUGGGACAGAGGUGGCUGACCCAGAAGUAAAGGAGGGUCCAGCAGAGGAGCAGCUGAACAUUGUGAAGGAAGCAGCAGACCCUAAAGAAGAGCAUGAAGAGCCUGCUCUGGGAUUUGGAGCUGAGCAGAAUGAUGUGGUCCUGCCAGAGCACUAAGCUGGCUUCCUUCCAAUCUGGAAGCCAACUCCCGGUACUUUAUACAUUUCGUUCUCCAGCAAGGAAGGUGUGGAAGCAUGACAUGCGCUAUAGUGAUUCUGUUUUUGAGGUGCAAAAAUAUAUAUAUAUAUAUCAGUUGGUAAUCCUAA